GUGCCCGCCCUCCUCCUGGGGCUGGUCGCCAUGUCGGGCGCCUAGGCUUGGAUCGCUGCUUCCAUCGAAGGACUUCGUCCUGAUGUGCCAGGACAACAGCGGAGCCUACAAGAUGAAGAUCAUGAGCGUGGUGGGCAAAGGUAUCAAGCCGCAAGUUCGAGCUGUGGAGCCGGGAGAUGUGGUCGUUGUGGUUGGCCGAACAGGUGGUCCCAAGAACAAGGUGCUUCGAGCGAUCGUCACCCGCAUGCGCAGGAACACACCGGAGCCGCUGGGUAACGGCUUCAGCCACGCCUUCGACACGAACUGCGGCGUGCUAGUCGACAAGGAGGGAAAUCCAGUUGGCAGCAAAAUCUUCGGAAAGAUCGACCCAAGGUGCGCGCUGCGGUGGCCCAAGCUGGCGCAACUCUCGGCACGCUGA